GCCACCAAGUUGUUACAUGAAAUCUGCAGUUUCAUAAUUUCCGCGGGUCGGGCCGACCGGCCAGGCACAGGGCACAGAGAUGGCCACCACCGGGGCCCUGGGCAACUACUACGUGGACUCGUUCCUGCUGGGCGCCGACGCUGCGGACGAGCUGGGCGCGGGCCGCUACGCGCCCGGGGCCCUGGGUCAGCCUCCCCGGCAGGCCACCGCGCUGGCAGAACACCCCGACUUCAGCCCGUGCAGCUUUCAGUCCAAGGCGGCGGUGUUCGGCGCCUCGUGGAACCCGGUGCACGCGGCGGGCGCCAAUGCGGUGCCCGCCGCAGUGUAUCACCACCAUCACCACCACCCUUACGUGCACCCCCAGGCGCCCGUGGCGGCGGCGGCCCCGGACGGCAGGUACAUGCGCUCCUGGCUGGAGCCCACGCCCGGCGCGCUCUCCUUCGCGGGCUUGCCCUCCAGCCGGCCUUACGGCAUUAAACCUGAACCACUGUCCGCCAGAAGGGGUGACUGUCCCACGCUUGACACUCACACUUUGUCCCUGACUGACUAUGCUUGUGGUUCUCCUCCAGUUGAUAGAGAAAAACAGCCCAGUGAAGGCGCCUUCUCCGAAAACAAUGCUGAGAAUGAGAGCGGCGGAGACAAGCCCCCCAUCGAUCCCAGCAACCCAGCUGCCAACUGGCUGCACGCACGCUCCACGAGGAAGAAGCGCUGCCCCUACACAAAACACCAAACGCUGGAACUGGAGAAGGAGUUUCUGUUCAACAUGUACCUCACCAGGGACCGCAGGUACGAGGUGGCCCGGCUGCUCAACCUCACCGAGAGGCAGGUCAAGAUCUGGUUCCAGAACCGCAGGAUGAAAAUGAAGAAAAUCAACAAGGACCGAGCAAAAGACGAGUGAUUCAAUUGGAGUUCAUUUAGAAAAGAGAGAGCGAGCUAGAGAGAAAGAGAAAGGACUGCCUGAUCCCUCUCCCACCCCUAUUCCCACCCCAGCCUCCACCACCCCGCACAAAGCGGCUCUAAACUCCGGGCCUCAUCUUCCCCCCCCCCAAGCAAGCCCUGCUCAGGCUGGCCCCCCCCCCACCUCCGGCCUGCCGCUUUGAUGGAGGAGGUAUUGUAAGCUUUCCAUUUUCUAUAAGAUGAAAAAAAAAAAAAAAGGUGGGGGACAUUUUCGCUGAUGGCUGUGUGUGCUAGCUUGUAUAUAUUUUUUUUAAAAAAUCUACCUGUUCCUGACUUCAAACAAACAAACAAAAAAAACUACCUUUUUAUAAUGCACAACUGUUGAUGGCGGGCUGUAUAGUUUUUAGUCUGUGUAGUUAAUUUAAUUUGCUCUUUGUGCGGCAGAGCGAUCUGCCCAGAUACUUGAACGCUGUGUUUUAUUGUGGUAAUUAUGUUUUGUGACUCAAACUUCUGUGCUGGGUGACGCACCCGUUGUGAUUGUGAGAGCUUAGAAUUCAAUUUCAACUCAGGUUGUUGAUGAGGGAGAAAAACAGUUGCCUAGAGUAUAGCUCUGUAGUAGAAUCUGUCUUCUGUAUGACUAGGCUGUUCGCCUUUGACUGUAAACUAGCUGUAAGGAUUUCCCAGUGAAAUAAAAUUUUAAAAGAAAGAAAGAAAGUGUUCUCCUGGAUGCAUAGAUUCAUGGUUUUUUCCUCUUUUGAAAUGCGGGCAUUUUAGUCUCUACAUGCUCUAUAGACCUGUCUUGUUCAUUGUAUAUAUAAUCCACAUAUUAAAAAAUAAUCAGACAAGCUUGAAUAUUGUUUUUGCACCGGAUGAACAUUGAGGAAAUUCGGAGCUAUACAUAUGUGCAGAAGAUUACUACCUAUCGUUUACAUUUAAUUUUAAUCGGGGGGGGGAAUGAAUGCUUAUUGUAAUGGAGUUAAUUUUAUUGAUAAUAAAUUAUACACUAUGAAACCGCCAUUGGGCUACUGUAGAUUUGUAUCCUUGAUGAAUCUGGGGUUUCCAUCGGGCUGAACAUACACUGUAUAUUUUGCAAUAGUUACCUCAAGGCCUACUGACCAAAUUGUUGUGUUGAGAUGAUAUUUAACUUUUUGCCAAAUAAAAUAUAUUGAUUCUUUUCUA